ACCAAACAAUCGCACGUGUGUUUGUUUCUUACGUGUCUAAAUUGAUUUUAAUUAAUUUUGACCGUGUAAAAUGGGAAACAAAAGGAAGAAGUGUGAUGAGGAUGAUUACGAAUACGAUCCAGCUCCUAAACAUUUGCAAAUAGGCCAUAUCAAGAAUCAAGAAAAGCGUCUUAUCGUUAUACUAGAAAAUUCUCAAUUGGAAUCUGUAAAAGUUGGAAAUAGCUUUGAACUGUUGAACUGCGAUGAUCACACUAACAUUUUGAAAAAAUAUAAGCGUGAUCCCGGCACAUGUAGACCAGAUAUCACUCAUCAGUGUCUGUUAAUGUUAAUGGACAGUCCGUUAAAUCGAGCUGGAUUGUUGCAAGUUUAUAUACAUACGGAAAAAAAUGUAUUGAUUGAAAUUAAUCCACAAACCAGAAUACCAAGGACAUUCAAACGCUUUGCUGGAUUGAUGGUACAAUUAUUACAUAAAUAUGGUGUCAGAGCAUCGGAUGGUCCAAUGAAGCUUCUUAAAGUAAUCAAGAAUCCUAUUACAAAUCAUUUGCCAGUUGGUUGUCGAAAGAUAUUGAUGUCAUUCAAUGCAAGUAAAGUACUAAAUCCAAGAGAGCUUGUACCUACUGAAGAUCCCAUUGCUAUUGUGGUUGGAGCUAUGGCUCAUGGUCAAGUCAAAACAGAUUAUACAGAAGAUACCUACUCAAUUAGUAAUUAUCCUCUCUCAGGCGCCAUUGCCUGUAGUAAAUUAUGUACAGCGUUUGAAGAAGUUUGGGGAAUUGUUUAAUAAAAAAACUAUAAUAUUAUAUAUUUAUGUAUUAUAUA